AUGCGGCGCACCGCUGGUCUCGCCCGAAGAAAGUCGGCGCACGUGCCCUCGGCCAACGAACAGAUCGAAAAGUGUGGUGAAACGUUCAGCAGCGAAGCUUCAACCCAGACCGGACGACUCGCUGAGAACAGGAACGUCGAAUGCGAGGAUGACGGCGAUCUGUCUUCGGUGCGCGAGUCCAUCGAGCUGCAAUCUAGACGUGAGUCUAGUCUGGGCGACAAGUCAUCGGGCGGAGGCGACCUCGUCAAGCAGGAGUGCAUCACCGUCCCGGUCGUUGGUCGUGCGGCACUUUCGGGCAAGCCACACAGCAGCAGUCCUUUGUCACAGGUACGCGAAAGUCCCGCGAGUGAUGAACACCGUGAUAGAGAGCUAAGUGCCUACUCGCUCGAGCACCACGGACCGCUGCGGGAUCUCACUCGGGCUCGUGACGCUGGCGCAGCAGCGGGCAGCGAAGCAAGUCUGCGUGGCAUCGAGAGAUGGUUGAGCGACCAACGCAAUGGCAAUAUCUCAAGUGCAGGUUCUCCGUCCCAAGUUGCGUCGAGUCUGAGGAGCCUCAGAGCUCCUGAGGGAAUCGAAGUUGCGGCAAACGAGACGCAGAUGUCGGGCUCGUCUCAGAGGGAAACGAUGCCUCACAGUUCUUUGGAAGAUGCGGAGACGGUGCGGUCUCACGCCACCGCCUCCAGUACUUCCGAAUCAUCUGCCAGUGGCCUUUUCCAACCACCUUCACCCGCCGAAUCCGGACUGCCGGCCGGCGCUUCCCAAUUGCAGCACAACCUUUGGCCAGGUGGCGACGAGGACUCGUCUACCGUGAUCGAUCCCAACAGCGGCAGCGCCACGAGCCCUUCUCCAAGCCUGGAAUCGUCCACACGGUCCGCACACCCGGGAUUCGCCCUGCGUGCACCUCGCGUCCUGAGGGCGCCCUUCGAGCAUAGUACAGGAAGUAGCGAAGCAAGUUCGCCGGAAGAUUCCACUUCAGACAGCAGUGACUUUGGAACGGCGUGGUCAUGGAGAAACGCAGGAAGAGAUUCGGGCUUGCCUCCAAUACACACAUACCAGGCGGGUCGGCCAGCUGCAGACCUUUCCGCAACGCUUAAGGCGUUCGCGGUGAUGCAACCAUAUGCAGCCGCCCGGGGCUCGUACGAUGAAGUGCCAACGUCCGGUUUUGCCUCGUACAUUCCACAUUCUGCCAAGGGAAUGGUCUACCCAAGGCAGCUUGACGAUGUGCUUGACGAUGUGCUUGACGACAGUAGUGUAUCAGCGAGCACCCGAGUGCACGAGGUCGAAAGCUCUGCGGACAGCAGCAAUGUAACGUCUUCAGACCGCUCCGAGGGUCCCCAACACAGCCACCUUGACACUCGGCCGAUCGUCUGUCAAUGCGAAACUUGCAAUGCGCUACUACCGCUCCUCAGCACGGUCGGGCUCGAAGCGGCUUCACACGAGGCGUCUGAAUUGUGCCGUGCGCGAGAUAGCUGGUUCGGGGACGCGACGUGGGCCUCUGCCGCAGCACCAUCCGAGAGACACGGCCCCGGUGACGAGAUGGAGGCGGAUGUGGAGGCGGAGGUGUUGCACGCCGAUCCCGCUGUCUUCGAAAGCCUGGCCGACAGAGGCGUCCUCAUCGAGAGACCGAUUGUCAUCACAGAGCGCCAGAUCAACCGACGGACGUACCAUGUGGAAUCGUUGCGAAAGGCGAUGCGCGACAGUUUCGGGGACCAGACCGUCACGACCAUCAACACACUCACACAGAAGGUAGGGCACACUGGCACCGCAGACUUCUUCGCAGAAAUUUCGAGCGGCACAGUGCCAGUCAGCUCUUCUACCGUGUGUGAUUCCCUCGGGGCGCCUCGACCGACGUUCCUGUCUCUUGACCGCUUUCGAUUGCUUCACGCCGCGAUCACGAGGGGCGUCUCCCAGGCUGUCGAAGCAGCGGAUGGCGGCUGGGUGAAGGGGUGCUCUAUUGGCGCUCACUCUUUGUGUGUGAGCGGCGGCCUAAACUUCAAUCGCAUCGAUGGCUCCGGCGCCUUUGUCGGGCCCUGCGUAGAUCCCUUGGGAGGCACUUGGAUUCGCAAUCUGAUGGGGAGGAGGCUGUGCGCCUUUGUGCCUCGCGCGAAGAUGACGACGUCGCUGUACGCUGACUUCGCGAGCGACAGACUGGGCUGGCAGCCGCGUGGGGAACAACGGCUGGUGCUACUCGAGCCUCACGACGUCCUCGUACUGCCGCCCGGCAUCGUCUGCGCGCAGCUGGCCGUCGGUGGGUCCGCAUCUGUGGAAGGAUCAUUCUGGGACGAGCGAGAAGCAGGACGCUACUUGACGGCCGCGCAGUGGGCCGCCACAAACCUCACGCACCCGACGCAGAUUCCGAGGUGCGCGGUCAGGCUUGCGUUGCAGGGCCUGAGGAGCAUCGUGCAGGGUGACCCGACACGUUUCGACUCGGACCUUUUCGUUCGAGAAUUCCUUGGGGACGAAAGCUCAGCAGUCUUCGAAACCGUAAUGGCUCAGAGCUGCGGCACAGACGAACAGCGGAUGUCGAGCGACCUCGAGGACUUCGAAAAAUCUGGGGAAAUUCGUGGUCGUCGAAUGUCGAUGCAAGAGGGAGAGAAUGACGCGGCGCCACGACCGCCGAAGCGCAUGUGCCUUCGAUGA